AUGGGUUGCAACAUUUCCCAAAAACUUUCAAAAGGAAAGCGAAGUCCAGAAGAAGUUGAUACUUCUUUUCAUGGAAUUUAUGUAAACACUAUCAUUACCUCUACUGUAAAGUUCAUUAUAAACCAGCAAGAAAGUGGCAAGUUUUCUUAUGAUGUAAAAGGAACGGCAUAUAAAAUCGUUGUAAAAGAUGUGAUAAGUCCAGAUCAGUCACUUGUAUUUAAAUAA